AUGUCAAAACAUGAAAAAACAACAUCCAAAAUUUUAAUGUCAAAAUGAUCCAUAAAACUGAGAAGCGAACGUUAUCCAUGAAUCGUUUUUAUAGUUAUUUACAAGGAGUUUAUUAAGUAUUUAUUUCUUCAGUAGAAGAAAACAUGGAAGACAAUGUGACGGCUGAACCUAACACAUUUAAAUUUCCAUCAGCAAUCAGACUUGACUCUCCUCCAACACCAGAUGCAAUAUCAGUUUGUCGAUGCUUGAUAAGCGGCGGUGACUCUCCCAAAGAAAUCGAAGUACCAUGGCGCAAACAGAAGAUAUUUUCUGCAGUUUCAAGAACAGAAAAUUAUUUGCGCGAACGCCGUAUUCCUGAGCUCAUAAGGUUCUUAAUGGCUAAGGUCCUAGCCAGCAAUUCCGACAAUCCAGUCGCCUACGUCAAAGAGCUUCUAGAUGAAUGUAUGAUAUUCCGAGCCGGAAUCGGCUAUGCUCCUGUUUUGUUUGAACAGAGACACUUAGAAGCAGUUGUGAAAAGUUUUGAUCCAUCCGGUCGUGGCUGGGUGACUACUGGGCAAGUCCGAAGGGCCUAUUACACGCUGGGCCUUCCCCCGCCGGAGCCGAUCCCAGAAAGAAUAGCAACCGCUGAACUGUUAGAGGAUUUGAAAGAAACUCAAGAGAGAGAACUUCUCGAGCUAUUGUCUGCUGGGAUAGAUAAACAGGAAUAUCAAAAUAUCUAAAAAGCUAUACCUUCCAUAGUGUUAAACGUCAUAUUUCAGUCAUAAUGUAUUCCAUUGUUAGCCUUAUUUACUUUUAUAUAGGCAGUUUUCGUGUUACUUAUAACCUAAUUUUACUAACGCUAUUUAGUUCGGUAUUUCUUAGUUAAUAUAUGAUGUUUAAUUUUA